AUGGAGGCCGACUGGGAUGAAUUGUCGCGCAUACCGGUGCCGCCUCCAAGUCUGCCCGCCUUGCCGACCAUUGCGACGACCGUGGCGUUCGAUGAUGUCCAGGAACUAUUGUGGGUAGGAAAUGAAUAUGGCAGGAUUACGUCUUUCUUCGGACCCGAGUUGCAACGGUAUACGUCUAUUCGAGCCCAUCCGGUGGCCGAAGGGCCUGUGAGGCAGAUUAUAUUUCAUGACAGAGGGGUGAUAUCGUUGUCUUCCAAGAGCGUGCACAUGGUUACCCGCCGCGGAUUGACACAAUGGCAUCUCUCCGAGGAGGAAAUGGUGGACCUUCGGUGUAUGAGCUUCACCGCGCAGACGAAUCGGAUUAUAGUCGCUGGAUGCCAGCGGGUGAUGUUCGUUGUUGAUAUUGACAAGGGGACUAUAGUUGGCAAGUUACAUACUGAUUACAAUUACACAAUCAUGAAGCGAAGUCGGUACCUUUGUGCUGCGACGGAUACUGGCUCGGUGAAUGCAUUAAGCAUGACGGAUUUCAGUGUCGUCAAGUCCUGGAAGGCACAUGGGACAGCAGUGAACGAUAUGGAUGCUCGGAAUGACUUUUUGGUCACCUGUGGAUUUUCAGUGAGGCACCUUGGAACACCCAUCGUGGACCCUUUGGCGAACGUCUACGAUUUGAAAACCUUAUCACCAUUGCCACCUAUCCCCUUUCACGCUGGCGCUGCAUUUGUGCGCAUGCAUCCUAAGUUACAUACGACUAGUUUCGUUGCUUCUCAGACUGGACAGCUUCAGGUUGUAGAUUUGAUGAAUCCUACAGCGAUCAGCCUUCGCCAAGCGAACGUCGCGUUCAUUCUUGGUAUCGACAUAUCACCAUCGGGGGAAGCCCUAGCUAUCAACGAUGCGGAAUGCUCGAUCCACCUUUGGGGUUCGCCCGCGAAAGUCCAUUUCAACGAGAUGAGCAAGGAGACUGAAUUUGCGGAUGUCCCUACUCGGGCCCCUCCCCUCGAUUGGUCUCCCGAAACCCCGUUGAAUAUGAUUGGAAUGCCUUAUUAUAAUGAACGGCUCUUUUCAGCGUGGCCUAGUCAUCUUGUCUUCGAAGUAGGAAGUCCGCCGGCACCCAUUGAUCAGUCAAUAAUACCUUACCUUCGUCCGGCCGAGUUAGGUCAUGUUGCUCCGAAUCCGAAGAAGACUCCUCGAUACCAAGUUGAAAAUACGCGAGCUUUGACUUCUACUGAACCAGCUCUCAUCGCACCGAAGUUUCUCAGUGAGAAGGCCCGAGAGCAAAGCAAGGCAAAACUAGAUGGAGCUAUCAGCGAUACCACUAAUGCACUUGCCGGUGCAAAGAUCAAUGGACAGCGCGAAGACGAUCCUCUUCUCAAAUAUAGCAAUGUCGAAAUCAAAUAUAGUAGAUUUGGGGUUGACGAUUUUGACUUCAGAUUUUACAACCAGACCACAUUCUCUGGUUUAGAAACACAUAUCGCGAACUCCUUCAUCAAUGCCCUGCUACAACUGUUCAAAUUCGUGCCGCUCUUCAGAAACCUUGCACUCUAUCACGCCGCAAGCAGUUGUGUCUUUGAGAACUGCUUACUCUGCGAGCUUGGAUACCUUUUUGACAUGCUGGAAAAAGCAAACGGCCAAAACUGCCAGGCCACAAAUCUACUGAAGACGUUCAGCAGCUUCCGGGAAGCGUCUAACUUGGGUUUGCUGGAAGAAAACCUCACCAACAAGUCCCUCUCUACAGCUAUCCAAUCCGUUAAUAGAUUUUUCCUCAAUCAGAUCUCGCGAGAUUUUCGUAUGAUCUCGCCUAAUUCAGACGAUCUCGAUCAUACCCUUGCCACGCUGGCCUCGGAAUCAAUUCGAUGCAUGUUCUGUCGGAAUGAGAUUGUCAGGCCUGGAAAUGCGCUCGUCAGUGAACUAAUAUACCCGAGCAUUGACAUAAAACAAGCUCGACGGAAUCCAUUACUCCGAUUCUCGAAUAUCUUGAGGGCCGGAAUUGAGCGGGAGACGCAGAAUAGGGGCUGGUGCAACUACUGUCGCCGUUACCAACAGGUCACGAUCAGGAAAACUGUGCAUCGGAUGCCCCCCGUUCUAAUGGUCAAUACCGCUUUAAGUAACCCAAUAUACAGACGUCUUUGGGCAAACCCUGGAUGGUUACCUGGAGAGAUUGGAGUUGUUAUCGAAAAUGGCCAGGUGAUGUGUUUCGAAGGCGAGGAUCUUAAAACUCGAGUACAAAACAAUACUCCCGGUCUGAUGGUGUAUGAACUGGUCGGUUUUGUAUCAGAAAUUGAUAUCCUUGAACACCAGAAACCACACCUAGUGUCAUUUAUCAAUGUCUCCAUCUCUGCUCGACAAUCAGAGGAAAAGAAUCGAUGGCAUUUGUUUAACGAUUUCUUGGUCACCGAGGUUGACAGCGAUGAAGCUCUUAAAUUCAGUCAGCCGUGGAAGGCCCCAUGUGUACUUGCCUUCCAAGCGAAGGAUGCUCGGCAUGCUGUGGAUGACUCGUGGAAGAAUGCCCUUGAUACCACUCUCUUGUUUCGCGAGUGGUCUAUGAAUGGUGGCCGGCCUGUCGACUCUUGUCGCAUACUUAGUGAGGAUGAAAAACCGACGCCAGGCACCCCUGUCGCCCUCGACACCGAAUUCGUCGAUCUAGAAAAGGCCGAAAUAGACGUGAAAGCGGACGGCUCACAAGAGAUGGUUAGACCAAACAAGAGUGGGCUUGCUCGUGUUUCCGUCCUCAGAGGCUCAGGACCACAAGAAGGCGUCCCUUGUAUCGACGAUUAUAUAAACAUCAAGGAUACUAUUGUCGACUAUGUCACCCAGUAUUCUGGUAUCAAGCCAGGUGACUUAGAUCCGAGAACAAGCCAGCACAAUCUUGUUCCAUUGAAGAUUGCCUACAAGAAAUUAUGGCUCCUUUUGAACCUGGGCUGUGUCUUUGUCGGCCAUGGCCUAGCCUCUGAUUUUCGAAAGAUCAAUAUCCAAGUUCCAAAGAGCCAAACAGUGGACACGCAGUAUUUGUUCUUCCAUCCUGGAAAGAGCCGCCGCCUUAGCCUUCGCUACCUGGCCUGGGCUGUGUUCAAAGAAUAUAUCCAAGAAGAGCCGAUGGACAACGCCGAAGGCCACGAUUCUAUUGAAGACGCCCGUAUGGCGCUCCGUCUCUGGAAGAAGUUUCAAGAAUACGAGGAUGCUGGCAUUGUCUCUCAGAUGCUAGAAGAGAUAUUCCGCGAAGGUUCCAAGCUGGGAUUCAGGCCGCCACCUCGGAACGGAACUACGACAGUUCUCUCUCGACCAGGGACAGCGGUGGCCAUGCAGAAUUCGAGUGGUCGAAAUACUCCCAGCGCUCCUGAAGCAGGAGGCGUUUUGAGUGCGCCUGCGACACCUCGACAAGGAUUUAGGCGAUCGAUCGCCCUGACUCCGAGUAAUGGCAGUUUUACUGGUCCAGGGGCUGGAGACUUUUUUGGAGGCAGCCCGCUGAGGUAGUAGUGCACUGCUCUCUUACAUUAACUUUCCUGAUGAUGGUUCUUUACGUUGGCGUCGUAUUGUGUCACAUAGCUUUGGGGUGUGUUUUCAAGUCUCUGUCAGGACUUCCAUAGCUUACUGGCUAUUGUGUGGUUUCUAUGGGAUUGGAACUGUGCUGCUUGAAAGAUAUUCCACAUGUAUAUCGCUAAAUAUUAUAAAAAUGUGAAUUAUUCUGCCG